AUGUCUGAGAAUCUACGCGGCCUCGGGAUAACUGUGCCGAGUUGGUGGCGUCCCCCGCGCUACGGUGGCGACGGAGAUGAUGAACUCCAGAUCGUUGACGCUCGCUCUGCGGAAGAGCCGGAGCCCGGCCCUUCUAACCUGUCGAAUGAGCAGUCACACUACACUACAGGACGGUCAGAAACGCAUAUCAAAGUGGAACCCCGGCGUUCAUUUGAAGAUCAGACACAAGAAGCAAUCAUACGCCAACAACGAUCUACGAUCACGGCGAACCCACUUCUCCGGGACGGACGGUCUUCGAUGCCCCAUGCUUCGCGCUCGUCCCCUCUCCUACAUCCUCCGGCGGCCAGAGAAGCACAAUUCCCUGGAGAGAUUAAGCCGCCGCCGCCUCCUGUGAUAGUGGAAAGAGAUGACACAAUGGAGGAGGAGUGGGAAGUGGAGGAUAUCUGCGACGCGAGGCUCUUUGGAAGAGCCCGACAAUUACGGUAUUUGGUAAGAUUCACAGGAUAUGCAGACGAGGAAUGGCGCUGCUGGGAGGAUGUGUUACCAGGAUGCGACGAGGCGGUGCAAGAAUUCCACGCUAAACACCCAGACAAACCUGGUCCUCCCGCAUGCUACGACUUCAACACCCAAAGGAAAACGAAGACAACACGAAAAGAUAGGCCCAUCACCGGAACGACCCAGCCGAUCUGA